GCCCUCUAAGUUUUCAAAAUUUAAAUUAACCCUCUCGGAUAAGACACAGCUCGCUCUCUCUCUCUCUCUCUCUCCAUUUUUUCAGACUCAAAAACCUCUAUACAUUUACUCAGAUGAAAUUUAAUUCUCUUUGCUGUAUUUGGAAUUAGGGCCAAGGAGGAAGAAAUGGUUGGUGAAGAUGUAGGAAAUAGUGGUGGUGAUAGUGUUGUGCUGGAUUUAUUGGCUGAAAAUGCUCUAACUGUAAGGAAAUUGAAGGGCCACCCAGUUAAUGUCGAGAAUGCUGAUAUGAACCCUUCAGGGUCAUCAGGUGAUGUUUGCCGGACUUACAAGAGGCGGAAGCGUACCAAAGUAGUAGAAGAGGGCAAGGUUCCGGCUUGUCAUAAUACUUACAAGUCAAUGAAUGAACCACUAGAUACAGCUCUUAACAAAAGUUCCUGCACACAAGCUAGUGUAGCUCAUUUGAGACCACAUGGUCUUCUGAAUGAUUUCAGUUAUCAGCCUGUUAGAAAUUGGAAGGGUGCUGUUCUGAAGCAGAUGUUUCAAUCACUAGAGAGUGAUGGUGGUUUAAAAGAGUGUAUUCAAGAGGCACUUGCAUCACAUGCAGAAGCCGGUUGUGCUGUUGAAACUAAGGAAUCUGGAAAGUGUUGUGAUUAUGGGAACAGACAUUCUCUGCCAUCAAAUUUUGUAUCUCAAAAUGGAACAAUGGUCCUGUCUAAUGGAUCAGUGGAUGAGCCAAAAAGAUACACAGUGACAGAGCUCUGUCAGCAGAUGUUUCUUGAUAUUGUUAAAUCAGAAAAAUUUGCUCAACUAUGUGAUGUGCUUUUUAAAAAUUUUGAAGGAAUGAAGGUUGACAAAUUUUUUGAUGUCAGUCAUAUUCACUCAAGGAUGAAAGAUGGAUCUUAUGAGGGCUCAUCCCUCCUUUUUCAAUCAGAUAUUCAACAGAUGUGGACAAAGCUUCAUGAAGUUGGCAGUGAAAUGAUUUCUCUUUCAAGGAGCCUUUCAGACAUAUCAAGGGCUUCUUUCCAUGCUCAGGUGAGCUGUUCAACGCGUGGAAUUACUGAGGAUGGAAAAGAUGAGUUGGUUGCUAAAAUGGAGCAAGCAGAGAUCUCUGGUGUAAAUAAAAGGUGUGCUUGCCAAUGUUGUGGGGAGAAGGCGGAUGGUAGAGAUAGUUUAGCUUGUGAUUCAUGUGAGGAGAUUUACCACGUCUGCUGUGUUGAGCCUACUGUGAAAGAAAUUCCACUAAAAAGUUGGUACUGUGCCAAAUGUACUGCAAAGGGAAUUGAGUCACCGCAUGACAACUGUGUAGUAUGCGAAAGACUCAGCGCCUCUAGAUCAGUGAUAAUUGAAGAUGGGGUUGAAGAAUCUACUACUGAAGACAUGCUUCUGGAAUUGGAAGAGAGCUUAAAUGGUUUAGUGGAUGAUGAACUUAAACUAUGUAAAGGAGUUGAGGAUCUGCCCUGUUGCAACAUAUGUAGAACUGAGGUGGGAAGUAAUGGAAACUAUAAAGUAUGUGGCCAUUCCUUCUGCCCUCACAAAUUUUACCAUGAGAGGUGCUUGACUAGAAAGCAGUUGGAUACUUAUGGCUCCUGCUGGUACUGUCCGUCGUGUCUGUGUAGAGCUUGCCUUAAAGAUUGUGAUGAUGACAAAAUUGUACUUUGUGACGGCUGUGAUCAUGCUUAUCAUAUUUUCUGCAUGCAGCCACCACGCACUUCAAUUCCUAGAGGGAAAUGGUUUUGCAGAAAAUGUGACAUGCAGAUACAGCGUAUACGCAAAGCAAAAAGGACAUAUGAAACUAAGCAAAAUGAAUUGAAAAAGAGAACUGACCAGUGUGGAAGAUUAGGUGUACCAAAAGGUAAGGAUGAGGAAGCUUUAAACAAAUCUGGAGGUGUGGAAAUGCUUCUAAAUGCUGCCAAAACUCUCAACUACCAGGAGGAUUUAGCUGCUUUUGGAUCGAAGGACCAAUAGAACUUAGAUUAUGCAUGAGUUACGGUAUCUCUGUAGACGACGGAUGUUGUUCCAGAGUAGUUGUCAGUGGUACAUGACCUGGUUGCUGGAUCUUUGUGGCCUGUAACAAUGACACAAGUCUUGACCUGACUCUUCAGAUUUUGGUAGCAUAGAAUUUCUUGUCUAACCGAUAGUCCUAACAGCCAUGCCUGAACUGUUUCAGAUUGUAUUUUUGGUACAUAUUCUUUCUGGGAUAAUCAGCAACUGAUGUUCCAUGUGUUGUAAAAUGAAAGGAGCAUAAGUAGAGCCUGUUUUCCGAAUAUCAAAGCGAAGUAAUCUGCCGUGAUCUGUUGUAUAAGCCAUUGUUGCAUUGACUGUAUCAAGUUAAAUUUCUUAGCAUUAACUUGGUUUUUUAUAUAUUAAGUAAAAGUGCGGAUA